AUGGAGUCUCUUUUGAAAGAUCUCAAGAAGCAAGUUACUUGCUCAAUCUGUCUUGAUACUUACACCGAACCUAAAACUAUAUCAUGUCUUCACACGUUUUGUUGCAAGUGUUUAGAGAAGCAUGCGAUAAUGAGCCAGAGGCAAGGAAAAUUCCGAUGCCCGGAGUGUCACGCGGAAAUCGAUUUACCAAAAGGAAACCGCUUCGACCCUUUGCCCAUCAGUUUUUUCCAAAAGAGUUUGACGAGUCUCCUCGCCGUUCGACAACGUGGUGAUGCAAGUAGCAUUGCUUGUUCCCAUUGCAGAAAAACCAACUCUCAGAUGUACUAUUGCUUUGAUUGCGGACGAUUCAUGUGCCUGGAUUGUUUCAAUGCGCAUCAACUGCUGAUUGCAACGUUUGAGGGGCACAAAGUCACGCCAGUUGAGGACUUUAAAGAAGAGGAUUACGAAGCACUACUGAAGCGACAGCCAUUUUGCUCACAACAGUUCCACGAGAAAGAAGUCACACGGUUCUUUUGCUCGCAGUGUCAAGUUUGCAUUUGUCCAAUCUGCAUUGUCACGGAUCAUCAAAACCACAUCGCCGUUUUGUUCGACAAAGCAGCACACGACGAAAAAGAAAACAUCAUGUCUGGUGCUAAGAUCAUCAAGGAAAAAGAAACUCAACUUUGUCAAGUCAUCAAGGAGUUCGAAGAAACGAUUUCUGAGCUUGAUAGAAAUUUCACAACAGCCAAGCGAGAAGUCUCACGAACAGCCCAACAAAUGAUAGCAAACAUUCGACAGCGCGAGCGAGAAGCGAUUGUAUCCCUGGAAACAACACGCAUGUCGAGACUUGAGAAGAUUAACGCGGCUAAACAGGAAGUAAAAUCCCUAGUAAAACAAAUCAGCCAAGCAGCUGAGUUUGCGGAGAAUCUGGUGCAGAGAAGCUCAAGCUCGGAUAUAAUGCAGAACAAAGAAGCUUUGAGGCAGAAAUUUCAAGAGCUUCGUGGCGUUGAAGUUCCAAAACAUCACCAGACUACAUUUGCCAAAUUUAACGCGGCAUCCCAACAAGACUUGAAACUGGGUUUUAUUCAACUCGCAGCUGAAUCAAUUGUAAAAGGACUGGACCAAACUUUCCAAGCUGGUAUGGAAGUAGAGUUUACCUUGUGUCCAAACACAUCAGAAGGAGAGAUUAGUAACCAGGCCGACCUUAACGAUCAAGUUGAAUUGCUAAUAAAACCCACCGAAGAUGUCACAAACGUGACUGUUCACGAAAAAGGAGACGGAAAUCUUACGGUGAAGUUUACACCUAAAGUGCCUGGCGCCUACAGCGUUGAGGUGAAGAUUAAUGGCGAAAAGCUUUCUACCUCUCCGUUCCCUUUGGCAGUGAAAGAACGUCAACUUGUCGUAGUUGGUGAGUUGAAAUUGAAGUUAAACCAAGGGCAGGAGUUCAAGCGACAAACUGGAAUCACUGUAAACACGCAAGGCGACAUAGCUGUUGUAGAUAAUCUUGGACACUGUGUUUUUGUAUUCAAUAAAGAAGGGAACUGUUCAAAACAAAUUGGAAAAGAAGGAACACAUCCUGGACAAUUUAAAUAUCCAUAUGAUGUGUUAUUUUUAAACAAAAACGAAUUACUAAUUGCAGAUCAAGUAAAUAAUAGAAUCCAACAUAUAAAUAUCCAGACAGGAUCUGUUGUAAAAACCUUUGGAAAAAAAGGUGGGGGAAAAGGACACUUCAAGAAUCCACUUCGUAUUCGCCUUGAUGAUACAGAACGUAUUGUUGUCAGUGAAUUCUCUAACAAUAGAGUUCAAGUAAUGUCAAAAGAGGGCGAAGCUCUAUUCACAAUAGGAGACAGUGGUCCAGAGAAACUCAGCACACCAUGCAGCUGCGUCCCUUACAAAAACAUUUUCCUGGUAACUGAAAGAGACAAUCACGUCAUAAAAGCAUUUGAUGCGUCAAACACUUUCCUGUACAAGUUUGGCGAAAAAGGCAAUCAAGACGGACAGUUCAACUCACCCCGUGGCAUGUGUUUAGACGGCCCUAAUAACCUUCUUGUUUGUGACUAUUUCAAUAACAGAGUUCAGCAAUUUUCUUUGGACGGUCGCUUUACGGGCAAAACUACCGUUCCUUUACAAAGUCCAUUUCAAAUUAUAACAGCGCCAGAUGGGCGUAUACUAGUCACAAGCCUUGUAGCUAAGAAAAUAUAUAUACUGAAGUGAAUGUGUUACUAUUCUACGAAUCAUUCAAUGCUGCAUGUAUGCCAGCAGAAACUAAAGUCGAAUCAUUCAUAUUUUAAAGCAAAUUUCUUACACAAACAGUCUUUAGAGAACAAUCUGUCGACAACGACCUUUUCUACAAAAACUUGUUCUAGCAACAAUUUUAUCAACAAAAAUGUUACGGGUUCACAGGAUUAAAUGCAUAUCUCAACAAAUUGUUUGAUAAUAAAAGCAUAUUUCAAAGAAGCGUCGCCUGUACGUAGACUGCUCAAAACUUGUAAAUUUAGUACUUCACGAGUGUGGAACAAUCUUUAAGACCGAAUCUGACAGUAGACAGAAAAUUGAUGAAAAAACAAGGGGAAGAGGGAAAGAAGCUUUAAACACAUUUAUAAGAACAAUGAAGGGCGAUAAUAUCGUUAAAUGAUGAGAGUCUCUCAAGCACGUUUAGCGCUUUUCAACCUUGCUUAUCUAAAUCUCUCCUCGCCAUAAGGCCCCGAAGUUUUCCUUUCAGUAACAAGCCAUGAAUUAUUUGCUAUUUCAUUAACAAUAAAACUCAAACAACGGAUUUUCUAACAAUAAAGCUUUCAGACAGAUAGAUAUUUACUUUUAAAAACGCACGAGAUAAUCAGUUUAACGUUACAGAAAGGUCAACUAAGCCAAACAAAAGUGACAAGACAAAAAUAGAUCAGCUCACACGGACUUUGUGUUGUUUUCUAGGAAUCGGAAACAAAGGCUGUUUGUUCCAAUAUUUUUAAAGCAUUUUCUGUUCUUAGAGAAAACCACCGGCAAAAUUGUUUACACGAACGGUACAUCGAUGACAGUUUAAGACUAAGACGUACACUCUAACCGCACAGGACAUAUCUGUUGUCUUGUUGUGAAGCGAUUGUGUUGUAUGAUUUGUAUGAUCGUCGGGGUGAGGGUAGACCCAAAAACGACUGUUGCUCGUGAACGCGACAGACCGUUUUGGCGUUAGCCUAUCCAAUUAGUCUUUGAGCGCUCUGCGUGACAAAACUGCUGGAAAGUUAUAGUCCUGCAUAUGUGGCUGAAUACAGUUAAUAACGUUACACUGCUUCAUUCAGUUGAAUUCCAAUCAUUAAACCGUUGUCGCAAACAUCAAAAAGGCUCAAUCAGCAUUAAGUAAUCAUGCCCUAUUGAUUACCAAAAAAUCCCUCGUGAUUGAUAAAAAAUGUCAUCAGUCUCAGCAAAUCAGCUUUCAGAAAUUUUGUGAUAAUAUUUAAAAGGAGCCUUCCACGGUUUCAAGGUUUCAGCACGACCGACUAAGUCUAUUCAUUUUACACGAGGAAACAACACUGACAUAACGUUACAAAAAAGGUCAACUACGUCCUUGAAUGUGAUUGGCCGCAAAAACUUAGCUGUCAAGGACUUUGUGCUGUUUUCUCGGAGUUAAAAAUUAAAUCUUUGAUUGCACAAUUGUCUGUUUGUAUUCGUCGCUUGAAUAAUCUGUUCUUCAAGGCGAUCGUGAUGGAACCUCUCGUGGAAAACCUCAAGAAACAAGUCACAUGUUCAAUUUGUCUCGAUACUUACAAAGACCCCAAAAUAUUAUCGUGCUUCCACACUUUUUGUUGCAAGUGUUUGGAGGAACAUGCAACAAAAACCCACAGACAAGGCAAAUUCAGAUGCCCCGAGUGUCAGGCGGAAAUCAAUCUACCAGAAGGUAAUCGCUUCGACCGUUUACCCACCAGCUUUCACCAAAAUAGUUUGGUAGGUCUUCUUGAAACGGAAGAUCGCGAGGCCUUGCUGAGGCCGCCAUUUUGCUCGCAACACAAGAACGAAAGACUACGAUAUUUCUGCUCUUCCUGUGAAGCGUGUAUUUGUCCUGUUUGCUUCGCCGAAGAUCACCGAUGCCAUGAGUUCGACGUUAUUGAAAAGGCAGUGCAGGAGCAUAGGAAAUACAUCAUGUCGAACGUCGACACCAUCAAGAAAAAGGUAAACUUGUUUCGAGAAGAGAUAGAAAAACUUGAGAAAACCUCUGAGGAUGUGGAAAUGAUUAUCGCAAUCGCUAAACAAGACGUGUCUGAGGCAGCUCAACACGUGAUCACAAAGACGCGACAGCAAGAAAAACAGCUUUUAGAGUCCUUAGAAAUGACGCGUAGAAAGAGAAUAGAGCAAAUUAACUCGGCUAAACAAGAACUGGAAUCGCUGGUAAAACAAAUACACCAAGAGGCUGAGUUUGCGGAAAAUCUCGUGCAGAGAAGCCCAGUCUGGGAUAUUAUAAAGACCAAGACAACUUUGAAGGAGAAAUUUCAAGAGCUUCGUGGAGUUGAGGUUUCAAGGCAUCAUCCAACAACAUUUGUCAAAUUUACCGUGGCAUCGCAACAAGACUUGAAACUGGGUUUUAUUCAACUCACCGAGAAACCGGCAAAAGCAGCUACAUCAACUGUAGAAGGACUGGAUCAAACUUUCCAGGCUGGUGUAGAAGCAGAGUUUACGUUAUGUCUAAAAACAGCAGAGGGAGAGAUUUGUAACCAGGCCGAUCUAAACGAUCAAGUUGAAUUGCUGAUAAAACCCACCAAAGAUGUUACAAACGAAAGUGUUGAAGAAAAAGGAGACGGCAAUCUUAAGCUGAAAUUUACACCUAUAGUGCCUGGCCCCUACAACGUUGAGGUGAAGAUUAAUGGCGAAGAGCUUUCCACCUCUCCGUUCACGUUGGCAGUGAAACAACGUCAACUUGUCGUGGUCGGUGAAUUGGACUUGAAGUUCAACAAAGGACAGGGGUUCGAGGGACCCACUGGAAUCGCUGUAAACAGGCAAGGCGACAUAGCUGUUGUAGAUACUCUUGGACACUGUGUUUUUGUAUUCAAUAAAGAUGGGAACUGUUUAAAACAAUUUGGAAAAGAGGGAGCAGAUCCUGGACAAUUCCAAUAUCCAGCUGGAGUGUUAUUUUUAAACAACAACGAAAUUCUUAUUGCAGAUCAAUUCAAUAAUAGAAUUCAACAUAUAAAUAUCCAGACAGGAACUGUUGUAAAAACCUUUGGAAAAAAAGGUGAGGGAAAAGGACACUUUAAUACUCCACUUAGUAUUUGCCUUGACGAUACAGAACGUAUUGUUGUCACUGAAUACGUAAACAAUAGAGUUCAAGUAAUGUCAAAAGAGGGCGAAGCUCUAUUCACAAUAGGAGACAGUGGUCCAGAGAAACUCAGCAAACCGAACACCUGCAUUCCUUACAAAAACAUUUUCCUGGUAAUUGAAAGAGACAAUCACGUCAUAAAAGCAUUUGAUGCGUCAAACACUUUCCUGUACAAGUUUGGCGAAAAAGGGAAUCAAGACGGACAGUUCAACAAACCCUGUGGCAUGUGUUUAGACGGCUCUGAUAACUUUCUUGUUUGUGACUCACGCAAUAACAGAGUUCAGCAAUUUUCUUUGGACGGUCGCUUUACAGGCAAAACUACCGUUCCUCUAAAAGAUCCACAUCGAGUUGUAACAGCGCCAGAUGGGCGUAUACUAGUCAGAAGCCGUACAGCUAAGAAAAUAUACAUUCUGAGGUAA